AUGAAAGGCACCACGUUCUCACACUCACUCUCCUGCCAUACAAUCCUUGGUCUCGCUCACCCAUCUGUCUCACUCACUUGUCGUGCUCAGUUAUCCAACCGAGGGUUUGUGCAGUGGGUGUCGCCUUCAGAACGCCCUGAUUUGGGCGGGCGAGAGGAGGAUGAUAACACUAUCAUAUCGGAACUACAAUCGUCGGCAGCCUUCUGCAUCAACAACGAGGGCAUGUACCACUCUAUUUGUGUUGAGCUUAAGAUCGAAAGUUUGGCGAUUAACGCCGUAUUGCGGGCUGCGGAUCUGAGUUUGGCUGAAG